UGGCCGCGGCGGCGUCCCCGUCGGCCGCCGCAGCCCCGCGGGUGCCCGCCACCGCCAUGGUGUCCCCGGUCACGGUGGUGAAGAGCGAGGGACCCAAACUGGUGCCCUUCUUCAAGGCCACCUGUGUGUACUUUGUGCUCUGGCUGCCCUCAUCCAGCCCAUCGUGGGUCAGUGCGCUCAUCAAGUGCCUGCCCAUCUUCUGCCUCUGGCUGUUCCUCCUGGCCCAUGGCUUCAGGUUCCUGCUGGCCCACCCCAGCGCCACCCGCAUCUUUGUGGGGCUCGUCUUCUCUGCUGUGGGUGAUGCUUUUCUUAUCUGGCAGGACCAGGGCUACUUUGUGCACGGUCUGUUGAUGUUUGCUGUGACCCACAUGCUCUAUGCCUCGGCCUUUGGCAUGCGGCCACUGGCUCUCCGGACAGGUCUGGUGAUGGGCGUGCUGUCAGGCCUGUGCUAUGCCCUCCUCUACCCUGGCCUCUCAGGUGCCUUCACCUACCUGGUGGGGGCCUAUGUGGCCCUUAUCAGCUUCAUGGGCUGGCGCGCUAUUGCAGGGCUGCGGCUGGUUGGGGCAGCCUGGCGCUGGACUGAGCUGGCGGCUGGCACUGGAGCUCUACUCUUCAUCAUCUCAGACAUGACCAUCGCCCUCAACAAGUUCUGCUUUCCUGUGCCCUACUCCCGAGCUCUCAUCAUGUCCACCUACUAUGCCGCGCAGAUGCUCAUCGCCCUGUCAGCUGUGGAGAGCCGCGAGCCAGUGGAAGACUAUAGGCUGAGCAAGACCAACUGAGAGCUGGGGUCUGCUCACUCUUCUCCUGGGGUUUGGUCCAGACUUCAGGAACCUAUAGGAGGUAGACCAGGAAGGCUGCAGUGCCAACCUGGGACAGCAGGUACCUCCUGGGAAGUGGCAGGUUGGAAGAAGGAGUUCCUGGCAAAGCUGGCAGUCCAAGGGUGUAAUGAGAGCCCCAAGGGACAGCUUCAUGCCCCUUGCUAGAGUGAGAAGUGUACAUCUCCCCACCUCCACCCCAUCAGGAUUGUCAAAGCCCACUGGAAGGCGAUGGUGCUGAGCUUCCUGGCCCCUCUCUCUGCUAGGUGGAAGUGUCCGUCUCUUAUGCUUAGAAGUGCUGGCAAUGCUGGGCUCUUCCACUCCCGCCCUUUCUCUUCUGCGAUGACCAGGGCUGGAGGCCCUUUCACAGAUUUCCUGGCUAGGAUGACGGGGUGAGGGUGGGAUCUCCUUUUUUCUUGUCUAUCCUUAUUGCUUGGACAGUACGAGUCUUUUAAGUGGUGAGUGGGAAGGUAAAGAAUUGUCUAAGCAGUAGGUAGAGCUUCCCUGGUCGAAAAGCUUGGUGGAACCAAGGAUUCAAGCUGGCCCUAUCUCUCUCAUAGGCUUUCCCAGAGCCCAGGCCUCAUAACCACCACCCUCAGACUCUGCCAGGGUGAUCCAUGCCAAAGGAAGGGGCCGGUGUGUGUGUGUGUGUGUGUGUGUGUGUGUGUGUGUGUGUGUGUGUGUGUGUAGUAUGUUUCCUAGCCUACCUGUCUUUUCUCUGCUAUGUCUUUGUCCUGCUGUCUGUAAAAGACUCAUAGGGAGACACCUCAGCUAGGAGGUGACCAACAUUGAUUUCCUCCCUGUUCCUCCUGCACUGUGAGCAAGAGGAAGGGGCUCCAGUGACACUCUGGGUCUUAAGACCUGAAGCACAGUCAAUGCAAGGGGAGCGAGGAUGAGGUACUUCCCUCCUCUACUGCCCAUGUGAAAAUAAAAUAAAAUACAAGCCAAGGGCCACUGGCUUCCCAA